AUGGCUUCCAAUUUACCAUCUAAAUACCAAGUUUUACAAGGUGAACUAGAAGAUUUGAUCAUGGCUAGACAGAAAUUAGAAACUCAAUUACAAGAAAAUAAAAUUGUCAUAGAGGAAUUCAAUCAAUUGCCAAGUGAAUCACAGGUUUAUAAAUUGACAGGGAAUGUCCUUUUACCUGUAGAUCAGGAAGAAGCUCAUUCAAAUGUCGAUAAAAGAUUAGAAUUUAUCCAAACUGAAAUAAGUCGCUGUGAAAACAAUAUUAAAAACAAACAGCAAGAAUUAGACAACGUUAGAAGUGAAAUAUUAAAAAUGCGUCAAUAG